CAGGCUUACUGAGAACGAAGUAAGCAACACACAAAGAGCUGCUUCACAGACUUACAGUGGUCGUCGCAACAUUUUGCCAUUUUACUAAUUUCUCCUGGAGAGUCCGAUUGCGUAGAAGAGUUCCGGCUUUAGGUUUGGCAACGGAUCAUGUAAAUCUUCCUGUCUGAAGCGCGUCCGAUCAGCACAAUCAGUUCUGAUUUUACUCAGAGGCUUUUGAGUAUUGUUUUGUUUGUUGGAUAUUCAGAAACCACAUACAGAAUGCACAUUUGCUACAUUGCUGGGCAGACAGACCCUGCCAGAUGUCGAAACGUAUCUACAAUAUCGGUUGAUGCGCGAACUAGGAGUGAGCUAUGCGCGUAUCUGUGAUCUGACCGUUCAUGUGUGGUCUGAUGAUGAAAAUCAUCAGCAACUUUAAGCUCCAGGUUCUAAAACUGAGCAGAUGAGUAAAGAGAGACUGCGUGGUUCAGAACACGAGCUGCUGGACAGCGCCUGUGGAGAGUUUUUCCUGCAUCUCUACUUUCAGUCACAUCAAGGCUAAAAUGUCUGCCCUUCGGAAGAAAUUUGGUGAUGACUAUCAAGUAGUGACCACCACAACAUCAAGCCAUCAGAAAGAUAAGAGGAGAAAGCGUCAACGUUUCGUAGACAAGAACGGCCGCUGUAAUGUCCAACAUGGAAACCUGGGUGGAGAGACCAGCAGAUAUCUCUCAGACUUAUUCACAACUUUAGUAGACCUCAAGUGGCGCUGGAACCUCUUCAUUUUUAUCCUCACAUACACGGUGGCUUGGUUAUUCAUGGCUUCGAUGUGGUGGGUGAUCGCUUACAUUAGAGGGGACUUGAAUCGAGCACAUGAUGAGAAAUACACACCAUGUGUGGCCAAUGUCUAUAACUUUCCCUCAGCUUUUCUCUUCUUUAUUGAGACAGAGGCCACCAUAGGAUAUGGGCACAGAUACAUCACUGAAAAAUGUCCCGAGGGGAUUAUUCUUUUCCUAUUUCAGUCUAUUCUGGGCUCCAUAGUGGAUGCCUUUUUAAUAGGCUGUAUGUUUAUUAAGAUGUCUCAGCCCAAAAAGAGAGCAGAGACAUUAAUGUUCAGUGAAAACGCAGCCAUCUCCAUGCGGGACGGCAAACUCACACUGAUGUUUAGGGUUGGAAAUCUACGCAACAGCCACAUGGUCUCGGCUCAGAUCCGCUGUAAAUUACUCAAGUCCCGACAGACACCUGAGGGCGAGUUCCUCCCGCUGGAUCAACUAGAGCUGGACGUAGGCUUCAGCACCGGAGCUGACCAACUCUUUCUUGUCUCACCUCUUACGAUCUGUCAUGUCAUCGACACCAAGAGCCCUUUUUAUGAGCUUUCACAGCGGUCGAUGCAGACUGAGCAGUUUGAAAUAGUUGUGAUUUUGGAGGGUAUAGUCGAAACAACCGGCAUGACUUGUCAAGCACGGACGUCUUACACAGAGGAUGAGGUGCUAUGGGGCCACCGUUUCUUCCCGGUCAUAUCCCUGGAAGAAGGCUUCUUUAAAGUGGAUUAUUCCCAGUUUCACGCCACUUUUGAAGUUCCCACUCCUCCAUACAGUGCAAAGGAGCAGGAUGAGGCACUACUAAUGUCUUCUCCCCUCAUGGCUCCAUCUAUGAGCAACAGUCGGGAGAAGAACAGCUCCCUGGACGGCUUAGAGCUACUUGAAGAUUCAGAGAGCACCAACAAACUGCCAUCCAAAUUGCAGAAGAUGACAGGCAGAGAUGGGCUGCCCAGAAAGCUCCUAAGAAUGAGCUCUACCACAUCAGAGAUGACAUAUAGCCUUGGUGAACUUCCCAUGAAGCUUCAGCGCAUUAGUUCAGUGCCUGGAAUCUCAGAGGAGAAGCAGGUUUCUCAGAAAACUAAGAUUGCAACAGAGGCCAUUAGCAAGUCGAUUGCGGACCUCCCACCAAAACUGCAGAGACUGGCUGGAGGGGGUCGUAUGGAUGGACACUUGCCUCCUAAACUCCGAAAGAUGAACUCAGAUCGUUUCACUUAAAAUAUUUCUAAGAAGAAUUAAUAUUUCUUUUCAGUGUAAUCUCAUGAAAAACGUGACUUUUAAAAUAUUUUUGUAAAAUGAUAAUAUGUUUUUGCUAAUUUCUAAUUUCAAAUUUAAUGUUCUGUUGAGUUUUACGUGAACAAAGUAUACCCCAAUCUACAAGAAACCUAAAUGACUGUGCCAGAAAAAGCAAAUGUCAGAUAAAAAACAAUAUUUACAACCAUGCCAUUGUUGCUCCUUUUUACACACUAAUGGCAUUUUUUGAGUCCUGUGAUAUAGCAAGUGCUUAUAUCUGUUGAGCACAGUAAGCAAUAUUAUAUACCGCUAGUGUUAAUCUGUAAACAGCAUUGAAUUAAUUGUGUACACAAGGUAUGCUUUAGUACAGAGUCACGUUUUUCAGAUGAGAUCAGGUUGCCUCUGACAGCUGCUUUUAUAAAGGGCCCUCUUAUAUUUUAAAAUAUAAGUGUAUAUAGAUAGAUUAAAAAAUGGUGUGAAAAUGGUUCCCCCCGAUGUCUUAUGUUAUUGCAUAUUUGUCACACUUUAAUGUUUCAGAUCAUCAAACUAAUUUGAAUAUUAGUCAAAGAUAACACAAGUGAACACCACAUGCUGUUUUUAUUAUUAAGGGAAAACAAAAUCUAAAACUACAUGGCCCUGUGUGAAAAGGUGCUUGCCCCUGUUAAAACAUAACUGUGGUUUAUCACACGUGAGUUCAAUUUCUCUAGCAACACCCAGGCCUGAUUACUGCCUUUUCACAAUAAAGAAAUCAUUUUAAAAAAGGACCUACCUGACAAAGAGAAGUAGAUUAAAAGAUCCUCAUCAUGUUGAGAUCCAAAGAUAUUCAGAAAAAAAAAUGAGAAAGAAAGUAAUUGAGAUCUAUCAGUCUGGAGAAGGUUAUAAAGCCAUGUCUAAGCUUCGGGACUUUAGCGAACCACAAUGAGAGCUAUUAUCUACAAAUGCGAAAACAUGGAACAGUGGAGAACCUUCCCAGAAGUGGCCAGACAAUCAAAAUUACCCUAAGACCGCAGCAAUGACUCAUCCAAAAGGUUACAAAAGACCCCACAACAACAUUCAAAGAACUGCAAACAUCACUUGCUUCAGUUACAUUUGAGUCAGAGUUCUCGAGUCCACCAUAAGAAAGAGACUGGGCAAAAGUGGCCUGCAUGGCAGAGUUCCAAGAUGAAAACCGCUGCUGAGCAAAAAGAACAUAAAGUUACAGUUUGGCCAAAAAACAUCUUAAUUAUCCACUUACGAAUAUUAACCAUGGUUUAUUUGUGGUACAAGUGUAGUAAUGAUUUUUUUUUUGUUACUACAGUAACCAUGGUUUAACUAUGGUUUUUGAAAACCACAGUUGUCAAAACCAUGGUUAUUUUGUGGUAACCAUGGUUUUACUAGAGUAACCAUGUUUUUUGGUUUAAAAGCUCCACUGUGUUCUUUUUUGAGUUAAUUCCUAGCAAAAACCCAUGUUUUCUUUCAAAAGUAUGUGCUCAUUCAUGUGUAAUUACUUCCCAUCCACUAAUCAAAGUAUUCUCGUAAGUGUAGAAUCUGCUAUUUAAAAUACAUACGGUCGGGUCGCUCGACUGGCACAUCCAUGUUGUGCCUCCAUCUUUGAAAUACAUUCGCCGACGAGGGACAUUCCUAAAAUUCAAGCUCCGCCUUUCGCGCUUUCAGACUACACUCACGCUGGCCGCUAGCUGAAGCCUCCCGAGGUUGCAUGUGUAGGCGGUAUACGUCAUCAAGAAAGUCUUAUUUCAAAAUAUAUACAAUUAUAAAGCUGACAAUUAUUCUUAGUUAAUUGUAAAUUUAUGUAAUAUGCUUAUGACUUGUGAAUGUAAUGCUCAGUUAAUUUAAAUAAACCAGGUUUGAUGACGUAUGCAGCCCACAUAUGCAACCUGUGCAGACUGAAUCCUUCGGCUGCAACAGCUGCAAACGUUAUGAUCCCGCGAUCUAAUGCUUUGAUUUGAGGCAGAUUUAAAAGCCUGUUGAAGACUUUUUUCGAGGACAUUAAAACACGUCGCCAAGAAAGCGAAAAGGGGAUUUAAAACCACAACACGACAGGAAAAACAACAAGACCAAAGUCAAUAUUGGAGUAAUGUUAGUUUUCCAAGAUGGGGCUCAAGGGACACAGCAGUUGCACUUUAUAUCUUCUCCACAGGUAAUUCAGCAUAUUCGUUUACAUCUAUACAGUCUAUAGCCAUGUUUCCAUCCACAUGUUUUUAUCCGAAUUAAGUGAUAUCGAAUGAAAAAUGCCUUAUGGAAACAGUAAAAUUCGAUUGAAUUUCAUGAAUAUCGACUCAAAAGAAAUACGUUCGAUCUCAUCGGAUUUUAUCUUGAUCGAUAUAUGGCUUAUGCGAUAAAUGCUGAUGGAAACGUUAUUUGCCGAAUAAAUAAUGAUUUGCGAUUAAGGUUUAGGUCAUUUUAUGGUUGCAACCCACACACAAAACAAAGAAGAAAAAGUUUUAGGUCUGCUCUGGUGGCACACAUGGCGUGUGUCAACAAAGUCAGAUGUAAGUGGGCAAACGACGAGACGAGAUUCAUUUUAAAUUUAAUUUACCAGAGAAAAUAACGGCUAUUUUAGAGCUGAAGAUCUUUGCCCGAACCCGAUGGGUUCGGUCGGAUUCGGGCUUCAUUUCUAACAUUUUACACGGGCUCGUGUUCCGCCUUUGCACGGUAAAUGAGCGGUCAAGUUCAAUGCUGCUGGAUGCCCUAUCAGUAAGCGCAGGACCACGCUGAAACCAUUUACAGUGGAUAUAAUAAUUUCCUCAACAAAAAUGUAGUCUAAUCUUGGUGAGUAAAGUUUUUUUAAUGUAUAACUAAAUACAUAAUUUAGACAGAGGAUAUAGACUAAUGUUGGCAUUAAUGUAAAGAAAGUGCCGAAGCAAAUCCCACGGAACCUUAAUUUUCGUUAUUCCCAAAUAACCAUCUUAUUCAGAAUUUAUUAUCUUAAUUUAAUUCUUUAAGAAAUAAUUGUUUUUAUUGGCAUGUUGGCCUAUUUAUAAUGUACUGCAUAUGCCUAUUUAGAAUGAGAUGUUAUGAUGUUACAGAAUACAGAUGACUUAUUUUUUUUCCUUGUUUCAACUUUCAAGUCACGUGUAGCCCAGUUAGUCAUUAAUAAAUAAUGUUAAAACAUGUGUAAAUUACUCAUUCUUGAUAAAAGCUGUUUGCGUGCGCACAUUUAAAUAAUGUCUGGCUGUAAACGGGUUCGGGCUUUUAAAAAGUUGUCAAUCUUAAUGUUCUUUCGGGUUCGGGCUGCAUUCUGUCGGGCUCCGGUCAUUUCAGGCCUAGCUUUUAAGGCCCGAUUCUAUUUUAGAUAGCAAAAAUCUAAGAAAUGCCAUAAUUUAUUAGGAACUUGCGAAGGAAAUGUCCAACAAUGGUUAUGACAAGACGUGGGACGUCCUCCGGAGUAAAUGUAAGGCGCUCAAACAGCGAUACGUGUUUCAAAAAAGAGAGUUAUCUCGCAACGGUGCCGGAGGGAAAAUGAAAGCAAAUUUGACCUUGAUGAGAUGGAUCCUCGGCCAAAGAACCCUCGUAGUUUCAUUGGCUUCCAAUAUUAACAGUUCAGGAAAGAUAUUUUUUCGUUCUCAUUUACGUUAAGCAUUGAUCCGGACUAUCAUUUCAUGUUAAUGCCUCUGUUGUCAUCGGGCAUUUACAUACAUCUGCAUCAUCAUAGCAAUCAUUUUCUUAUUAUUAUAGCUUGAUAUGUCGCUAUCAGCUCAGCUGGCAUAUAAGCACUUACAACUUGUGGUAUGGCGCAAUCCAUUUUGUCUAGCAAAACUUUGUUCGCAAAUGUUUGCUUGAAUAUUGUGCGAUUCAGUGCGAAAAUGAAUGGAAACACCUUCAAAUGUCUCGAAUCAAUUUGGUAUACCAAUUUGAUCGCAAACCAGCAUGUGACGUCAUUACGUACAGGUUUUAUUUGCUUUAAAGCCGUUGGAUGGAAACACACUUUCACUCGCUUUUUUCGCAUACGUUUUUUUUACCGAACUUCAGAUAAUUCGAUUAACAAGUGGAUGGAAACUUAGCUAGUGUUGUAAACUUGAAGUUUAAUAGUUCCUUGGCUAACUAUAGCAUGAUUAUGCAUAACACUUGUUAGUGUAAACACGCAUGUGGUUUAAUGUGUUCGAACAGCCACACGCCGUCUCUCCACCCAUUUAUGUAAUCUGAGGUACUGAUAUAAAUGUUUUUCAUCUUUUCUGACAUCUAGCACAAACACACGGUGACAGCCCUAUUUUUAGCCUUUCAUUGAUAAAACUGAUCUGCGCGUCUUUCGUUUCAUUUUACAAGCAUGUGAAAGUUGAGCGAUCUUAUUUCACCAAUAUCAGAGAAAGCUCUUACAUAUACACAGACAUGUAACAUGUUUACUUAAAACAUAAGCAUUGGACUCUGACAUUAUAUUAGUUUGCGUACAUUUAAACCCGUUAUUACUCCCGCUCAUGAUUAAAUGACAGGAGAGGGACUCGUCCACAGACCAUCUCCUCAGUAAUCUGGAGAGAAGCGGUCGAAAAUGGACAAAAAGAGACGGAUUUAAACUCCAAGUGUAAACGUGAUGUGUCUCUCUCGUCCACUUGUGAUCCGAUCGAUGAAAACACAUCUUAAUACCAAGUGUUACAGCCCCUGAGAUAUUUUUCCUUGCGUAGAUGAAAAAAGAGUGUCUAAGCUACGUUUAUGGAUGUAUGUCAUUUUAAGCGGACAUAUCAUGAAAAUCAGACUUUUUCCAUGUUUAACAUAAAUCUGUGUGCUUUGAUCGAUAACAGGCAAAGGACAUUGCAAAUUGUUCAUUUUUUUUCAUUGCUUUUGCUUUGUAGCUACUGGAAGCCAUGUUAACCUUGGCAUGACACGGCCACCGUACGAGUGUAAAAACCCUUCCGAAUGGGGGGGGGGGGGGCUA